UAUACGCUUACUUCAUUUUUUUAUUAAUUUGGUUUUUUCUCUUUUUCAUCUUUUAUUUUUAUUUAUUUACUUAUUUUUGGCGGUACUGGACUUUGAACUCACUUCUUUUAAAAACGCUUCAUUGUAUUCCUAUGCUUUAACCAGGUCUCUCAAAAGCCAUGGAGUUUUGUCUUGCUUUUACAAACAGUACUGGCAUGAGCAACCCUGUACGUGUAUCUUUGUUUACAAGUGCAGGUGCUUCUGCAGUAUGAAUUCUUAGAAGUUUAUUGUUGAGUCAGGGGUCUACAUGUUUUGCUACAGCACCCUCCAAAAUGGUUGAAUCUGGUGCAUUUUGAAGCAGGUGGGAUUAGAGAAAGUGGGCCCGGGUGGUACCGGACUCCGAGCAACAGGUGGCGCUGCGCGCGCACCUCGGCGGAAGCGGCGGGGGCCGCGCUAGUCGACUUCCGGGAUCGGCGGCGGCGCAGGCGCGGUGGGACAGACGCAGGAGGCCGCGGGCCGGGGGCGUGAUGCCGUACGCUAACCAGCCCACCGUGCGGAUCACGGAGCUCACCGACGAGAACGUCAAGUUUAUCAUCGAGAAUACGGACCUGGCAGUGGCCAACUCUAUUCGGAGGGUCUUCAUCGCUGAGGUGCCCAUAAUAGCCAUCGACUGGGUUCAAAUUGAUGCCAAUUCCUCGGUCCUUCAUGAUGAGUUCAUCGCUCACAGGCUUGGAUUAAUUCCCCUCACCAGUGAUGACAUUGUGGACAAGCUGCAGUACUCUCGGGACUGCACAUGUGAAGAGUUCUGCCCCGAGUGCUCUGUGGAGUUCACUCUUGACGUUCGGUGCAAUGAAGACCAGACGCGUCAUGUCACAUCUCGAGACCUCAUCUCCAACAGCCCCCGGGUCAUUCCGGUGACAUCACGGAACCGAGAUAAUGACCCUAAUGACUACGUGGAGCAGGACGACAUCCUCAUUGUCAAGCUGAGGAAAGGCCAGGAACUGAGACUUCGAGCCUAUGCCAAAAAGGGCUUUGGCAAAGAACAUGCCAAAUGGAACCCUACUGCAGGGGUGGCUUUUGAAUAUGAUCCAGAUAAUGCUCUGAGGCAUACAGUGUACCCCAAACCAGAGGAAUGGCCAAAGAGUGAGUACUCAGAGCUGGAUGAGGACGAGUCACAGGCUCCCUAUGACCCCAAUGGCAAGCCUGAGAGGUUUUACUACAACGUGGAGUCCUGUGGCUCUCUGCGCCCUGAAACCAUUGUCCUCUCAGCCCUCUCUGGAUUGAAGAAGAAGCUGAGUGAUUUACAAACUCAAUUAAGCCACGAGAUCCAGAGUGAUGUACUAACCAUAAACUAGCAGCAGCUCGUCUGUUUUCACCAAAUGUGGGGAUUUGAGAUGACAGUUGGAUUUCAGGUCUCUCCUGAGUCCCUACGUUCUGGGCUUUGGACUGCUUGCUGCUGCUUGGCAGGUCAUCAGACCAGCUGGGAAGGAAAUGUGGGUGGAAAACCAGGGUGCCAUUAGGAUUUAAGCCAGACAGGCAGCUUUAGAAGUUCUUUUUUCUUUUCUUUUUUUUUUUUUUUGAG